GUAGGCCUGAUGUGGGGCGUUGCGCGUGGUGUUUCACUCUUGUCUUCCCUUGUACGCAUAGCGUUUUUGUAAUGUUGUACAUUUACAUGCGGGGUGGUUUUGAAACUGCGUGACAGUGUGAAUUUUUUUGUUUUGUGUAUUGCUCGUAAUAUCAAUAACCCUAAUACGUAUGUGUAAUACGUAGUGAUGAUAACUGUUACGAAAAACGUAAGUUUGCAACUGAUGACAUUUAUUUGGACACGUGUGGAUUUGUGGACAUGUGGUGUUCUUGUGCUGGUUUUAACAAUGCUUUUAACUAUAAGGGACUCCUAAUGACAUUUUAAAGUGACAACUACGACAAGUGAUUCUGUUUGUGACACUGUUAAUUACAAGUAAGACGCGACAAUCUUUAAAGAUGAGUUCAACCCAGUUCAGGAAUUGCUGCCUUUGGAUUAACCCCAUUUGAAAGUCUGCACUGAAUUCUGCCCUUCAAAAGACUGCCACUUGCAGAAUUCGAACACUCCUCAGAGAAGCCCGCUUCAAUCCAGUUUUUAUCAUUACAUCAUAAUACCAAGACGGACCCAGUGAUGUAGCCCUAGAAUGACUUCUGCUUUGGAACAGCGUCAUGGAACAUCGCUCAAAUGCAACAGCAAUAACUUGGUGAACGUGACGUCACAGGAUCAAUCAGCAAAGCUCAAGUGUCUGGUGAACAUGGCACCUUCUAGAGAAUCAGUCGCUUUCACCAGCACCAAGGGACUUUUAAACGGCCCAGGACAGAACAACUGCUUCCUCAACAGCGCUGUUCAGGUGCUCUGGCAUCUCGACAUCUUCCGUCGCAGUUUCCGAGAGUUGUCUGGACACGCAUGUAUGGCAGAAUCGUGCAUCUUCUGCGCUCUCAAGGAGCUGUUCUCGCAACUGCAGUUCAGCCAGGAGAGUGCACUGCCUCCUGACACAUUGCGCAGGGCCUUGGCAGAGUCCUUCUUCGACCAGCAGCGCUUCCAACUUGGUUUCAUGGAUGAUGCCGCCGAGUGCUUUGAGAAUAUCCUGUUGAGGAUCCACUUCCACAUUGCCAGUGGAGAGGCAGAGGACAUGUGCAAUGCCCGCCACUGCAUUCCACAUCAGAAGUUCGCUAUGACACUUGUGGAGCAGAGUGUGUGCGGGGCAUGUGGGGCUACCUCAGAACCUCUCCCCUUCACACAGAUGGUGCACUAUGUGUCAGCAUCUGCACUAACAGCCCAAGCCCGACAGAAUCCUCCAGGAUCCGCCCAUCCAGACAUGUUUGGACAGUUGCUGCGUAAGGCAGGAGGGAUGGGGGACAUCAGGGACUGUCCUAGUGCGUGCGGGGCAAAGAUCCAGAUAUGCAGGGCACUCAUGAAUCGGCCAGAAAUUGUAUCCGUGGGAGUGGUAUGGGACUCCGAGCGCCCAACUAUAGAUCACAUUAUGGAUGUGUUUGCAACAGUGGGUACAUCUCUAAGACUCUCUGAUGUGUUCCAUAGUGUUGUAGACCAUCGAUGGGCUAUGACGACAGCACACACUCUGGUUGGUGUUGUCACUUAUUAUGGCAAACAUUAUUCAACCUUCUUCUUCCAUACGAAGCUUAGAGUCUGGAUAUAUUUUGAUGAUGCUACUGUGCGUGAAAUUGGUCCCCGCUGGGAGCAGGUGGUUGAAAAAUGUCGUCGAGGUCGGUAUCAACCCCUUCUGCUCCUGUAUGCAGUCCAGGGUGGAACACCUGUUUCAACAGAAAGUGUUCCAAAAUCCAUUAUUCCUGUGCCAGUUUCCUCUCCUAACCACAAAGAUUCUAUGAAGUCUCCACACACUUUCCCUUCACAGUUCUCAUCAACUUCAACUCCUAACCAAGGUAUGGCUAUCAGACGCUCUAUAACUCCAAGUCCAGAGAAGUCCUCCAAUAACUCAGCACCCAGAAGGGCAAUCACUCCAAACCCUGAAGGACCUCAUCACCACUAUAAUGCUCAACGAUACCAGCAAAUGCUGUCCAAACCUUGCAGUGAUUACCAGAACCUAACAGACAUACAGGCAGUCAUUUUCAGUGGUGACAAGAACCAGGGAGUGGAUGUAGUUGAUGGGGACUUGGGUAAUGGAGCACCUAGUUACAUCAGCCGAAGGGCAGUGGAGAAUGUGCUGAGUUACCAGCAGAAGAAGCACCAGAUGGUACAAAGAAGCAACAGUGGAGGGAGUUACACAGGACAUGUGACUGGAUCAGGUGGCUCUGGGGAUGGAAUAAACAUGCCAGAUCACUUGAACAUUCCACGGAGAAGGGACUCAGGCAACUGGAGUGGGGACAGGAACAGUGCAUCAUCAUCAUCAUCAACAUCAAUGGAGAAUCCUUAUCUGUACAUUGUCGGGAAGAUGGGGUCCCGUGUGAUGUCACAGAAUGGUCAACAGCAGCAGCAGUCAGCAGUGCCCAGGAGUCCAACAGGAAUCAAGCCUGGAGACCUGUCCAGCUCAAGCAGUGGGCCAUAUGAUGCAGGCUACGAUUCUUAUUCUCUGUCCUCCACAGACAGCCUACCACUCCAACAGAGCCUCAAACAUAACUUGCAGCUCACACAGAUACCUGAAGGCCUGCAGGCAGGUGGGGUCACAGGAUGCCUGUACCAGCAGACUAGAGUUUCAGCUACAGGAGAUGACUGUGAGCGACUGUGUCUUGAGGCAGACCAGCUGCUGGAUAAGUCCCGUGCCACUGAGGAGGCCCGCGAUCUGGAAACAGCCCUGGUCCUAUGUCAUGCUGCAGUAGGAAAGGCAAGAGCUGCCAUGGAUGCACCCUAUAACAAUCCCCAGACACUCACAUUUGCACGUAUGAAACAUAAUACGUGUGUAAUGCGAGUGCGGAGCCUACAUCGGCGACUGAUGCAGACACAGCAGGACAAUCAGAGCAAUGGGACUGGCAAGGAUGAUGGUGGCCUGGAAGUGCGUCACAGCAGAGAAGGUAGUGGUGGGAGUAGCCGUAGCUCCAGUAGUAAGUCUGGUGGUCAGCAUUCCAGACAAAGUUCAAAGGACAAGACAUCUUCAUCCCAACAUUCUCGACAGAACAGCCGUGAACUGCUAACACAACUCCCAGCAAGUGGUAUUUCUUCUACAACUGACAAGCCUUCCAAAAACAUAGAGAUCUAUGCCACCUUACCAAAGAAAAAGGUAGGAGGAAGUUACCGUGGGAAUAAAGCCCGGACAAGCAAUGACAGUAGCCACAUUGUUGAAGAUGAAGAAUACAUAUUAUAUGAUCGUCCUGGGCGGGAACGAAGCCUGUAUACUGGCAGAACCAUUCUGGGAAAGAAGAAAGAUGAUGAAAGAAAUGCAAGGGAGAAGAGAGCACGAAGUGAGGAAAGGAAUAAGAACACAAGAGACUACACCCUUGCACUAAGUUCUGCCUCAUUGACUCUUCCUAAAGAUGGGAAAAAGGAGAAAGGCAAAGUUGAGGAGGUCCCCAAGAAACCAAAUGGAAACUCAGGUGGUGAGGGGAAACAAGGAAAGAAACAACAUAAGAUACGCAGGAAGUUGCUGAUGGGAGGUCUCAUCAGGAGAAAGAACCGUUCUAUGCCAGACUUGCGAGAGGGCCAGGAAAGUGGGGAAUGCACUGGAAGAAAUGAUGGAGGAAUUGAGUCUAAGAGUAUAGGUGCAGGUAUGAAGGCAUCCCAAGAUGAUAGCAGCAUUGGCCUGAAAGGUGCUGAUAAGUCUGCUGGAACAAGUACCCUAAGUGGAUACUUGUCAGAAGGCCACCUGGAAUAUACAGGUAGUGGGAACCCAAAUCUUGAGCGGAGCAAGCUCAUGAGGAAGAGUUUCCAUGGCAGUGCUGGAAAAGUUCUCCAUAUCCCUAAGGUGCCUCCACCUCCUCCAUUACGUACAACUUCACAGUUAUCAGCUAAGCCUGAUACUUCAUCAAGGGAUAAUUCUGGAAUUGAGAGACCACAAUUUCCUUUACCAUCAGAGACCACAAAUUUCCAUCCUGCUUAUUCCCACUUCCACAGACCUGGACAUAUAACUGAAGACAACAGAGUGUCCCAGAAUCCUUCAGCCUCCCCAUACUACAGCUUUGAGCCCCAAUCCUUGCCUUACCUUCCCACCUAUAGUUCAGAUAUGAACCAUGUUCAAGCAGUGAAUGAAUGCUUGUAUCAGCAGAUAAUUAAGGGGGAUGCAGUGAUGUAUGCAAACGGUGGAAUAGUAUGCCAAAACCGGAGUCAGUUGCAUGGCAAUCAACUAGUCACUCAAGCAGAAGUUCACAAUGAACACAACAGCAGUGUACCAGAGUACACAUGUGAACAGAACAGGAUUGAGUUGCAGCAAGACCCACCUGGUAAAGUGACCAGUACUUCACCGCCCACUUUGCCCUUGCCUCCAUAUCCAAGUCCUCUGAAUUCAGUGUCACAUUCCAGACAAGCAAGUGAAGACUUCCCACCUCCUCCACCUCCACUGGAUACUGCAGUAGCAGUAGAAGCUAUGAAUAAGUCCCUUUCAAUUGGUACUGAGGAAUCUCCCAUGCAGAAUAAUUCUUCACCAUUACCACAGCAACAACAGACAACUCCUAGUAGUCUUCUUCUACAACUUCAACAGAAGCGACAGGAAAUUCUGGCAAAAGAAACAUCAACAACAAAGGAGAUGGAAACUGAAGUAACUUCAUCAGGGAAGUCUGGUGAAGAGUGGUUGAGAGAACUGCAAGCCAAACAGGCAGAACGGAAACUGAAGAAACUACAGAGUGGUAUGACAGACACAUUAAACAGGUCUGGACAGCAUGAUAAUAGUAUCAGUAAUGGUACAAACCAGGAUAGGAAACCAUCAUCAGUUAAGGAUCUGGCUUCAAGAUUCGAAAACAUUCGUCUUCAUAAGACUCAGAUGCCUGUGAGCAGUGCGGAAUCUGAAGCUAGACUUACUAAAACUAUUACAAGCUCUGCAGUGAAAGUUCCUGUAAUGAAUGGUGCUAAUGGUGGGAUGUCUCCUGUCCUACCCCUGGAACAGACUAUCCCCAGUUUCCAACCUAGUGUAAACCUGAGCUCAAGUUUUGAUUUAAGUACAAACUUUCUGGCAAACUGCCCACCAAGUCUGCGUGAAAACCGCUCAGACAAUGUGUUUGACACAGGAGUUCUGUCUGUAAAGAAACGUAAUAGUGCCAGUGAUUCAUCUGUUGAGUGUUUGUUGUCAGUAGGUGGAAGUGCAAUGCUGGAACAAAAAACUUGUGACCUUCCUUUAGCAGCGGUGAAUGUGGAGAUGAAGAGAGAGAUGUCAUUACCAGGAAAAGUGGAAGUCAAAGAGAUACGGAAGAAAAAUGGUAAGAAGAAGAAUGUGACAUUUUGUGACCAGGUGAUACUUGUUGCAACUGCAGAAGAUGAGGAGGAAGACAGUUACAUCCCAAACCCAAUCCUAGAGCGUAUUCUGAGGUCCGCAUUCAAUGGUAAGCAGGACAGUCCACAGCAGCCAGCAGAACCCCAUAUUGAAGUGAGGAAUCUCCAGGGUUCUGAGCUUCACUCUGAACCAACAAGGCCAUUAUUAAACAUGAAGGAACACACUCCACAGUCGCAACAGCAGAAAGUAGAGCAUCCACAACAACCAUAUCAGAAAGUGCCAUUGCAACCUACAUAUAACACAAACCAGUACAAUGCAGCCUACCAACAAGUCCAGCAACAAACUCAACUUACACAACAUCAGAUUCUCCAUCAGACUACUCAGCCACAUGACCCAAGAUCACCUUACAAACAAAUCCACCCAGAUAUGCUGAGAACCUCAAACCAAAUGCAUCAUUUUUCUCCUGCUGCUGUCCACUCACCAUACCAACAUGUACCUGUGCCACAACAUAUGUACAGCAGUUACACACCACAGCAGAGCCUGUACAUUCACCAACAAAGAAACAUUCCUCUCCAGCAGCAUGUAACAGCAAAUGUUUACCCAGAGCAACAGGUAAACAGUCUCUCUGCUACGUCUUCACCUGCAUAUAAUGACAUACUUCAAAGUCCACCAGAAUAUCAGCAUCCCCCACACCCUGCCCAUCAACCUUUCUACCACCAUCAGCAGCAGUUUGCCAACUCUGUGCCUGGCUUGAGCAACGGACACUGUCUUCCAUACCCACAGAGACAGUCGGUGACAAGCACAUCAUACCAACAGCCCACUGGUCAUGGGACUGACUCCCUCUCCUGUCUUCAACAACCACAACACACCCCACCAUACCAGCCUCCACCAGUGAAACAGAUCCCAACAAGCAUAAAGGUGGUGCAUACCCAGAAUGCCAACAAGGAUGGAGGAAGGCAUCUUGAAAAGAAACUGUCUCCAGUGAUAGAUAAUGCGUGCCAUCUCUGUCGGAAGAGACAGGUGGUACUCCCUGCAGUAUAUUGUAGUGACUGUGAUUUCUAUUUGUCACGAUUUAGGCCAAGGAACUGAACUGCUGUUAUGAAAAGUGGAAAUGGUAUCACUGCACAGAACAUAAUGCUACAUCUGUUCCACCGAUAACAAUCAGUAUGGUUGUUGAGUGACUGUGAUUAGUUGUAAAAUAGUUUGAUUUUCUAUCCGUCCAAUCACAUUUCAUUGAAUCAUAGGUAGUACCUUGUAGUAGUCCAUCCUUCAUACUGGAUUGAAUGUAUGAGAUAUAUGAUAAAGCAGCCCAUGUACAAACAGAAAAUGGACAUCCAGAAAGCGUGAUCUCAGUAUUGUAGGCUCUAAAUUGUAUGUAAUUUUGAUAUUUUUUUUAAAAAAUGUUA